AUGGCGCCCGCCAACGCCGGCAAGCGCGUCAAGGGCGUGCAGAUCUACCGCCCCUUCAUCUACGGCACCACGGCGCGGCCCUUCAACGACACGGACAACCCGCGCCCCGCCCACGUGCCCGCCGACCACACGCACAGCUGGCAGGUCUUCGUGCGCGGCGUCGAGGACGUCGACGUUUUCUACUGGCUGCGCCGCGUGCAGUUCAAGCUGCACGAGUCCAUCCCCAACCACCUGCGCACCUGCGACGCCGAGCAGAUCCAGCGCGACAACGAGGGCAAGCCCCCCGCCAAGCAGCAGCGCGGCUUCGUCGUCAACGAGACGGGCUGGGGCGAGUUCGAGAUCACCAUCAAGCUCUACUACGACUCCAAGAGCGGCGAGAAGCCCCAGACCAUCUACCACCACCUGCGCCUGCACCCCUACGGCCGCACCGACGAGGAGCGCGAGGCCAUGCGCAACAACGGCACCGGCGAGGUCCUGGCCUGGACCUACGAGGAGCAGCUGUUCAACGAGCCCUUUGACGAGUUCUACAAGAUCCUGACCUCGGGCGCCCGCGACAAGGGCGCACCCGCCCCCGGCGCCGCCGGCACCGGCAAGGGCAAGGGCAAGGGCAAGUCGGCCGCCGCCACGCCGUCCCAGAAGGAGGAGGGCGACGUCAAGGAGCGCAGCGCCAUGAUCCCGCUGACCAAUCGCCCCGGCCAGCCCUUCAGCCGCGAGACGGAGCAGCUCGAGAUCAAGCGCAUCAAGGAGGCCGAGGAGAAGGUCACGGCCAUGAUCCUCGAGCUCAACAAGGAGACGACCAAGAAGGAGGCCGAGCUCGCCGCCCUCAAGGCCGCCAACAGCAAUGCGGCGCCGGCCUAG